UGACAAAUAUAAUUAAUUGUGUGAUUGAUGUAAACCGAAUUUGAAUAACAAUUUAUCAAGAACUCUUUUACUAGAAUCAAGAUAGAUAGAUAUAAUUGAAAAGGAUAGGCUAAGCCUAAAUUCUAAACCUCCGCCUGCAGUAGAUAAGGCUCCAUUGUCGGAGGAGUAGAGAGAGAAAACUGCAACUUCAAUGGCUAAGCCUGAACCUCAAGAACAAUCCAACACCACCACUUCAGCCUCUUUCGCCGCUCAAAUCUGCAACCACCUUACCUCCGUCUUCACCGCCCCCACCUCCACACCUCCACCCCUCACCACACUCGUCCAAGAGAUCUCCGCCGCCUCCCGCCGUGGCGGCAAAAUCUUCGUUUACGGCGUGGGCCGUGAAGGCCUAAUGCUGAAGGCCCUAUGCAUGAGACUCUUCCACUUGGGCCUCUCAGCCCACUGCGUAUUCGACAUGACCACUCCUCCCAUCAACUCCCCUGACCUCCUCAUCGCCUCCGCCGGACCGGGGGGUUUCUCCACCGUUGACGCUAUCUGUGGAGUGGCCAGAAGCGCCGGCGCCCGGGUGGUGGUGCUGACGGCUCAGCCUGAAACCGGAUCGUCCGUGAAGUACGCAAGUGUGGUGGCGCAUAUUCCGGCUCAGACCAUGGCGGAUGAUGGGGCUGAUCCGGGUCGGGCUCUGCUGCCGAUGGGGAGUGUGUACGAGGGGGCGAUGUUCGUGCUGUUUGAGAUGGUGGUUUAUCUGUUGGGUGAGGAAUUGGGUCGGAGCCCCGAGGAAAUCCGGGCUCGGCAUACCAAUUUGGAGUAAAAAUUACCUUCUACGCUACUUGUCCUCCAACCAAUUUCUCUUUUUUUGGUUGUAUUUUUAGUAAUAAAAAGUGGGAGUAGUCUAUUUUGGUUUAAA